AGUUUUGUUCUAGGAUUCUGAUUUGUUCUGGCUUUGAUUUUGUUCUGGGAAUUUACUGCUAAUCUGCUAACAUACUGCUUACAUUUAGCUUAUUAGGCAGAGGAUACAACCUUGAGGAAUGCAACGCGCCUCCGGAAGAUUUGAUUGAAUUUUUUUCCUCCGUCAAGUAGCUGAUCUAUCCUUGCCGCAGAAAAGUACAAAAUUAACGUUUUCUGACGCGAUCGACAGUCUAAAGAUCUAAGAUAAAGUCUCGGAAGCAGAUAAUAUGCGGCCGAUAAGAGAGAAGCCACAUCUACGUACGUAAUGGGAAGUCGUCAUGUAUCCGAAUCAGUUUAACCAAUGGAGAGAGAGAAAAAGAGAGACACAUAAAUACGGACAGUCGGCUUACGAUUCUCAAGUUUAGCAACAACCACCGUUUGCUUCUUAUUCGUAUCGACUCUUUGAAAGAUUUUUCUUGUUUUCUCGAUUCGUUCCUUCAACUCAACCGUGCCGUCAAGUUUAUUUCGUUAGCUUCGCUCUACGCCGUGUCUUACUUUGUGUCUGAAUGAAGAAAUACGACUGCGUGACAAUGGCGUUAGGAAAAUUAAUAGUGAUCUUCGUCGUUUUACCGGUCAUUUUAGAAGCACAACGUAAUCGCGACUACUAUUCAUUCAGAUGGUUAAGUCGUAAUUCAAUGAAUAGCAAACAUUCGAAAGACCAUGAAACACUUCUCUCGGAAUCAUAUGAUGAUACUGAUAAUGUGGAAAACGGAAAAGUUAUGUCGUAUUAUCGAGUUGAGGACAAGAAUCGCAAGAGUAAAGCAGCUGAAGAUAAUAUAUUAUUCCCGGACGAAAUUCUGCUAGCGCGUAACGACGACGGCAAUACAGUAUACCAAACCAAUUUAGUGCCAACUUGUAAAAAUAAAAAUUUCUGCCUAAACGACCCGUAUUAUCCGAACGACUUCAUAAACAAAAUGCUCAGCGACAACCCCUCCUUGAUGAAUUACGCGACCAUAGACGCCGUGGAAACUAUCUCACACCGGAUAGACGUGGGUGAAGAUUUACUUUGUGAAUCUAAGGUAGAGUUGAUAAAUCCGAGAUCAGCCAAAAACAUCGAAAAUGAUUGGCUGUUUAUCGUACAAUCAGAAAAAUCGAAUUUCACCCAAUCUAUAAGAAUCGAAUAUUGCGGAAUGGAGGAUACUGCUUGCCAAAUAAUCGGAGAUUUCUCAGGAUAUAAAACGAAAUGUAAGCAGAAGUUUAUUUAUCGUCAAUUGACCGCCAUCUCCCAUAAAGGCGAAAUUGUUCACGAAUUAUUCCCAAUUCCCGCGAGUUGUUGCUGCCAUCUCAUUAAGGACGAAAUUUCUUAAUUCGUUUCUGGAUACAUUUCGUAGCGUAUUAGUCAAAGGAAUCAGGAUUAUCAGCGGAAAAGGCGAAGUGUAAAAAAUUAUAUGAAGUAAAAAUAUUUAAGAGUUUAAGAAAAAAUAUUUAUAUGAUAUAAACAUCAAAUGCAAUUUCCGAUUAUGAAAAUAAUUCUUUGGAGUUUUUCUUGUGACGCAAGGUCGAAAAGAACACGCCACUUAUAUUAAGAAUCUUUAAGAACGUUGUAUGCCGAAUAAGAUACCUUGAUGAUCUGAAAAAAUGAACAUUAAAUUAAUCUUAUCAAUCGACAAACGAAAGUAAAAUGUGUUUUCAAAUUA